GGGAGUCAUGGGCUGAGUACGUGCGUGCUUGUACGUGGAGUGCCCUCGCAAACCUCCCUGGUCCCGCCACCUGAGCGGGCUGGGACGGGACCAGACCACCGGGAGCCCUUAGGACUCGGGGGAGUUGGCUCGUUAUCCUCCUGGCUUUCCCCCUCUUCCUCUAGGCUAAUGGGAUAGCCCGGGAGGGGGCGGGGCCGGCAGGUGCCUUCAUGAAUAAUUUAAACGACCCUCCCAACUGGAACAUCCUGCCAAAUCAACGAGAGCCCGGGGAGGAAGGCAGCAGAUGGAACUAUGCCUUGCUGGUCCCCAUGCUGGGCUUGGCCGCCUUCCGUUGGAUCUGGACCAGAGAAUGUCAAAAAGAAAUAGAAAGAGAAAAAAAAGAAUAUUAUAGAAGACAUUCAUCUUUACAAAAAGACCUGGAAGCCAAAUACCGGGAUAUAAUCACAGAAAAUCGUCGCACGGUUGCUCAUUUGGAGUUGGAGCUUGAAAAGGAACGCAACAGAACCCUGAGUUACCGUGAAGCCCUUGUGUCACAGAGUCGCAAGCUAGUAGAAGAAAGAAGGAUCCUAGAACAGGAGCAGGAGAAGUUAGAGCGAGAAAAACAAGUCCUUUUGCACUCAGGAGCAGCAGGUAACUUGUACCAAAGCUGUCUGGCAAAAGAAGAAGAAUGGCAAAAGAGAGCCAAUACUUUACUGAAAGAAUUUGAAGAGGGGCUUAAAGAAAGACAGGACAUCUAUUGCAGUCUUGUUGUACCCAGAAGCCAGAGACUAGAAAUAGAGAAAAAUCUGCUAGUUAAAGCAGCAACAGAUUCUGUUGCUAUGACUCUACAAAUGGAAAGUGGCUUAAAAGAUAUUUUCAAACAUGAUAACUACUGUGGCAAUCUGCUGAACAGAAACAAAAGUCAAAAUGGAAGACUUAUGUGGCUGUAUCUGAGAUAUUGGGAACUAGCUAUUGAACUACAGAAGUUCAAGAGGGCAGAAAAGGCCAUGUUAGGAAAAUGAUUGAUAAGUAGGGGAAGUAAUGGGAUUUCACAUGAUCCACCACGCAUAGUAGGGACAAUCACGGUUGUAGUCUGAAGCUGUUACAUGCUCCUGCUGUGUUUCCAUUUGUACUCCUCGUUGCACUUGUAUUUGCAUGGGACGCAUGCAGUCUUGGUGCCUUUCCUUUCGCUAACAAUGGAUGCUCCAGUGAGCUAUGCAUGCUCUUAAACUCUGUGAGUGUGUGUGUAUUGCAGACUGCAGCUUAGCCAGCUUCCGUAGGUAUCAGAAGCAGCAAAACGGAACUCGAUUUAGAGUGAUGUACCUAGUUGAUGGUCGUACUCCAUCAACAGAGAAGUGUGAUUUGUCUCCCCUGAGUGGGGUAGCACAUUGUGUUCCUUUUCCAUGAUGUUUUACCUUGUGUCUCAAUGCUGUCUUUUUUCUUGUUUGUUUUUUUUUCAUUUUUUGUUUAAGCAAGACUGAUUUUGAGGCAGAUGUUUGGAAGAGACCAUGUUUGAGCAAGCUGCUUGUCAUAUAGAUCCAGCGUGUAUAUACGUACAUUUAUAUAAAUAUAAAAAUAUGUGUGUGUAUAAAUGUACAGAUUAGUAUUCUGAGGGAGGGAAUAGUAACGUUUCAAAUCAAUCAGUCUUGCAUUGUCUUCCAGCUUAAGGUACAAAUAGUACUUUAUGAAAGAAACAUCCAAACUACACUAAUUAAAAUAACACAUAAAGAAACGGAUUGCUGAAAGUCUCAUUGGAGGUAGAGAUUCAUGCUUGAAUACUAGAGAGUGUAUAAACUCAAAGUUUUAGUCUCAUCGUAAUGGAGAUAUGUUAAGAAAACUUAUGUUUUUUACGUGCUCAAGGUUUUAGUUGUAACCCAACAGUGCACUUCCAUUAUGGACAUCACCGUGCUGCUGCCUCUGCAUCCCAGCGCAAUAGCUGGUGCCUGGUCAGCUUACAGGAACCUCUAUGCGUUAUAGCCAUUGCACCUGGCUCUGUUCCUUGGAGAGGUCCUGUCUGUUAUUUGCAGAUAGGAACCUAAAUGCAGCCUGCGCUGGCAGCCACUACCUCCCUCCCAGACUGUCUCAGUUCUCCCAGAACUGAAGUGUGCUUUUCCAUGAGCUUGUGGUUCACCAGUUCACAUGCAUAUGAUCAUGAAAGCCUACAAAUUUACAGGCUUUGCCAAGUUUUAAGAAAUGGGGCUUUUUACUUUAGUUAGCACAGUAAAAUAAACAGAUCUAGAUUUAAAAAAGAAACAAAAAAAAUCAGUGCAUUUCCAUGCUUGAAAUCUCCUAAAAACCUUUGAAUAUUCUUUGGGUCCUUGUAGCAGUACGAACUACCUUAUUUUUUCAAAUGUGCCAUGUGUUUUGGAGAAUAACCAUUUUUUUCUUCCUCCUUUCUAAUCUAGCCUUAGGCCGCAAAGGCUCAGUGUUUACCCUUUUGUUUAUAACAUCUGGUCUUCUCUGUUACUAGACUUUGAUUAGUGUUGGUAGGUUGUCAGUUCUUUAAUUAGCAGUUCUUUAUUUACUGAGGGCUAGACUUGACAAGACAAUUGCUCUAGGCAAUAGCUACUGCAUGACCCAGAAGCAAUCCAUCUAAGUGAACACCCAUCCACAUUUAACAGAGAACUCCAACAGAUGUGGUUUUUUCUUUUAUUAUUUCCUUCUGGCUUCAUUUCAGUCUGAGCACAGCAAACAGCAGAUAAAUCUUUUGAAGUAGUAUCUGCAACCUAAUUCAGUUACUGAGCAAAAAUAUCUAACAUAAAACAAAAUCCAUAACCAGAAUAUAUGUUUCCCAACUACUCCGUUUUCCGGUUGUGAUUUUACUCACCUUGGUGGUACUAGUUAUACUGUCAUAUUGAUUUGUCUCUUAUGUACUGAUAUAUUUUAUUUUUGUGAAGAAAGUUGUAGUAGACAGACAGACCUGCAAAAAAAAAUACUACCACAAACACCAGAAAGGACAAAAUUUGUCUGGCUGCCAAGCGUUUGCAGGUUGGGAGAUGAGAAUGCAAUUGAGUUACAACUCCUAUGUGACAGCCCAAGCCAGGCUGCUGUAGCUGGUCAUAUGCACAUGCCCUAAUUGCCCAGUAGAACAAAUGAGUUUGAACAACUAAUUACCCCGUGUGUAAUUCCUCCAGGAUGUGGAAGUUGUCUGACCACACAGCUGUGGCGUGUUUCGUAUGUACAUAUGAUCAGUUAAACAGCUCAGCUGACAAACAGCAGCCAGUGAAUCAAUGCCAAUGCAUUUAAUAAUCAUGCCUUGACUUUGUACAUGUUCAUGAGUUCUUAGUAUUAAAAGAUCAAGCAUUUUAUGCUUUUUCAGUUUUUCACAGUAUGUCACUGAUAUCCCUCUAAAUGUUUAAAGAAAAUGUAAUCACGAAGGUAAAAUACCUUUUUCAGUAUAAAUAUGUAAGUUGAAGCAUCAUAUGCUCAAUUGUACAGGGUUGGAUGCAAUGUAAUAAAUGUUUGAUACUUGUUUUCACUUCUUUAGAAGUGCCAAUUAUUUGCACAACUAGUUUUUGAACUAUUUUCAUGAACACUUUGUAUCAGUCUAUUAAGACUUAAGAGUUAUUUGAGGAGGAUUUUUAACAGUGUGUAACUGGUUUAGAAGCACCGUGCCUGUUAGUUUCUACCGAAACUGAUGUUUGUUGGUGUGUUAUAUAUUUUUGAAACAUUCCCCCUUUUCAGGUUAUAAAUGUUGAAAGUUCUGUUGUGAGCUUUAUCUUGCCCAAGAGCUAGUAUUCUGGAUUGGUUAUUUGUUUGGAAAUGCCCAUAUAUAUGUAGAAUGCAAGAAUAAUCUGUUUUCAAAAUAUUUAAUGAACUUCUUUUUUCAUUAUGGAAAUGGUCACUCACCUGUUAAACAAACAAUAACAAUUAAUAAAAACCCUUACAUAUUUC